CUGCUUGUGUCUCCCCAGCUGCAGCACCCAAACGCUGAGGUGAGAGAGUAUGCCUGUGCCAGUAUUUCCAAGCUGUUGCAGCAGAAGCAGGUCAUCCCAGCCUUUCUGCAGAGAGACGUUGUCCGGUGCUUGGGCCCCUUGCUGAUGGAUCCCAGCCUGGCUGUCCGCGAGACGGCUGCGGGCGCUCUGCGGAAUCUGAGUGCUUGUGGAGGAUUUGAAGUCUGUGAUGACAUGGUGACAAAGGACAUCAUGACACCCCUUGUUGCACUCCUAAAGGAGUGUAGCACUGGACUAGAUGCUAAUCAGCUCUCUCCAAAGAAACGCAGAGAUAUGGACAAAAAUUAUAUUGAAGACAUAGCCAACGAGGCUAUUAAUUUGCUGUGGAAUGUCUGUGAAUGCAACAGUACUGCAGUAUCCAUAUUCAAUAAAGAAGGAUGUCUGGAGGCUGUGUUACAUUACAUGAAGAAAUUUUCCACAAAUGUGGAUCUGGCUAUUUCAGUUGCAAACUGCUUGCAGGCAGUAACGGAAGAUAAUCCAGAUCUUCUUUCUUCAUUCAAUGCUUCUGCACAUCAAGUAUUGGAAACUGUGAUGUUGUGUCCGGAAAGCACAAUGAAGCAUGUCCUUCUGAGAACACUGAUAGCAGGCACUAUCUGGAACAUCAAGGACACCAUUCCACCAGGCAGCCUGGGAAGCAUGGUUAAUGCCAUUCUGAAGGUUUUUUCAGAAUCAUUAGCAAUAGAUGCUGGUGAAACAAUUAUUCAUAUGAAUGAAGCUGAAAAAAACAGGUUAAAACUUCCUGCAGAGGCAGAAACUGAGGAAAACAUAAGUGAUGUUAUAGACAACUGUGCUUGGAUUGAAGAUGACAUGGAAGAAACACCAAAAGGAAAAGCCAGAAGAGAAAGUGACGUUUCAGACCUCCUUCCAUCUGAUAAGUGGGAACUGAAAGAAGUGACAGCUUUACUGAUGGCUCAGCAGACUGCUCUGGAAAUCAUUGUCAAUAUGUGCUGCAGUGAAGAUCCCUCUGAUGAGGAAUGGGAAGAACUCUCCAGCAGUGAUGAAAGUGACUUGUUUAUGGAAAACUCAUACAACGAGGGGAAUGGGCUGCUAAUGUCACCCCUGUGCCUCUCUGAUGAGGUCAACUCAGCAUUUCUGAACAACCUCAUUCCAAAGAAGAUUCUUGAAAAAACUGCUUUUCCGAACAGUGUUGCUCUAGACAUCUGUAUGCACAAUCCAUCUUGGAAACCAUUAAUCAAAAAACUGAAUGCAGUGCAGUGUAGAGCUUUAACAUGUCUUCAGAGCAUUUUGUUAGUGUCAGAUGUGGAUUGUCUUGGAGGAGCUUCAGCACUUCAGUCUCUUGCACAGCAUCUCUCACAGCUCAUCUUUUCUAAAACAGAACUCCUUACAGACACAGAAUUCCUGGAAGCCAUAACCAGUGCUUUGAGGGCUCUUCUACAAACAAUGGCAUCAAAGAACAUCUCUCAGUGUAUGACUGCUGAGCAGCUGUUGACUUUAUGUGAAGCUGGUAUUCACAGCAGUAAUGCCAGUGUCAGAGUGAACGUAGUGAGCAUCCUUGGAAUUUCUGGCAGUGUCCUGGCAAAAGGGCAAGAUACAGCUGAAACACUAAAGAUGAUUGGAAAAUUUCUUCUUGAGGUUGCUAUGAAGGAAUCUUCUCUUGUGGUAGCAGGGGAAGCCUUGGAUGCACUUUUUGAUGUAUUUGCAGAUGGUCAAGAAGCAGAAAAGGCAGCGGUACAGAUCAAGUUGCUUCCAGCACUGAAAGAAUUUCAGCCAGUGUUCAAAAUGAGGAUACGAAAAGAAGGAAAAGGCCAAUAUAGUACAGAUCAGCUGUGUGUUCUUGACAACGUGAAGAUGAAUUUGAGAAGAUUCAUUGCAUAUCAGGAGACACUAGGGAAAACCCCAACUUGAACCAUCGAGGAACUUUAAAUUAAGGUUUUCCUUCCUGACUAAUGUUUUCCAAAAAUAUAACUGUUUUCAACUUCUAAAAUUUCUUGAGCAGAGCAGUUUUGCUUUCAUGUUUAUGCUGCAUUUUUUAUGUUCAGUAUUUUUAUACUUCUGGGUUGAUGCAAUAUGAAAGUCACAUUAGCAUAAAAAAACAGAAUGUACUUUGAGGUUAAGUGUUAGCAGUGUUAAGAAUGUGUUCUAACAGCCCUGGGGUCUGUAUGUAGCACCACUGUCACUGUUUAGAAAUCCUCUCCUAUCCUGGUGGAGAACUAGUAAUUCCACAAAAAAGUAAUUUAGAGAAUAUUCUCAGUUAUGUGCCAGAUCAAGACAAAAGUUUAAAAGCUCAAGAUAUUUUUCAGGGAAUUGAGCAGUGGCAGAAUGUUCAUAUUUGCUAUUUGCUCUUAUUUCUAGAACUGUACAGGCACUUAACGGUGAGCUACCCAAGAAAAGUGUGUGAUAAGUAUACAGAUGUCUGUUAGCACUUGGAUCUGUUACUUCAUGAGGUUUAUCAAAAACUGUUUCAGAUUCAAUUAUGACAAGUUCAGUAUGAUUGCUUUUUUUGCUGUGGAAAUCAGUGUAAGAGGAUCCUACCCUUAUAUGCAGCUCCCUGGUUUUACUUUAUUUUUAUUGGUAUUUCUGAAAAUCAAGUCUUCUGGUUUACUUUCUUCCUUGUAGUUGUACAUCAGGAUGAAUUUGAAUUCAGGGAAGUAGUAAACCUAGUAAGUAUUUUUUUGUAC